AUGGGAGAGACUUCGGAGAAAGUCCCAAUUGCAGAGGACUUUGAACAAUGCCUACCACCUGCAUACAGUACGUCGGCCACGAAGACCCCCGUUGCUGUUGGUCGUCUCUUGAGAUUUGGGGCUGCGGCUCUCAUUGCCGGGGCAGUGCUGAUGCUUUGCGGAUCCAUUGGAGCUUUCUACCUCUGGAAAGCCAGUGACAGAAAUGUGUACAAUGUACACUACAGUAUGAGCAUCAAUGGAAAGGUGGAGGAGGGUUCCAUGGAAAUCGAUUCCGAUAAUAAUCUGGAAAGGUUUCGAACUGGGAGUGGAAAUGACGAGGCGUUGGAGAUUCAUGACUUUCACAUUGGAAUUACAGGAAUCCGGUUCUCUGGAGGGGAGAAGUGUUAUAUUAAAUCGCAAAUCAAGGCCAACCUUCCAGAGGUGGAGACGCUCAACAAGGAGUCAUUGAUGUUUGACCUGGAAGAUGAGAUCAUGCCAGUGAAGUUUGAUGAAGAGUCUCUGAUGUGGGUGGCUGCUGACCAGCCCCUGAAGGACAGCAGCUUCCUCAGCACCAAGAUCCUGGACCUCUGUGGAGACCUGCCCAUCUUCUGGCUCCACCCCACCUAUCCUAAAGAUGGAGUGAGGAGAAAGAGAGACACCCAGAGAGCCAAGCGUCAGUUUGACAUGGAGGAGUUUGAGGCAGCUGCUGAGGAGAGGAACACAGUGAGCCGUGCAGAGAAUAGCACCUCCAAGAGAGCCACAGAGGAGGAGGCGGAGGCCACGGGCUCAGCAGCCACCGGCUCUGCCUACAACCCAGAAAACCCCUACCAUCGCAAUCAGGAGGGAGAGGAGGGCACCAUGACCUUUGACCCAAUGCUAGACCACCAGGGGAUCUGCUGCUCAGAGUGCCGACGCAGCUACACCCACUGUCAGAGGAUUUGCGAACCGUUGGGCGGCCACUGGCCUUGGCCCUACAACUACAGAGGCUGUCAGGUAGCUUGUCGAGUGAUUCUGCCUUGCCGCUGGUGGGUGGCCCGCAUAUUAGGUAUUGUGUAA